AGCUGCGUAAUGACGUCGAUUUGUUUUGUCGACGUCACAGUUUGGCAAGAUGGCGGCGCACAGGCUCCCUCCGUCACUGAACAGACUGCUGUUAUCCGUAAAGUAUGCGUCAUUCCGGACCAGAUGCUGUACAGUGCACUGUAACGCUCAAUAUUCCACCGUCUACAGUCCCAAUGAAAAGACUUUUGAUAAGAUCCUCAUUGCCAACAGAGGAGAGAUUGCCUGCAGGGUGAUGAAGACAUGUCACAAGAUGGGCAUCCAGACUGUAGCUGUUCACAGUGAUGUCGACUCCAGUGCUGUCCAUGUUAAGAUGGCUGAUGAGGCAGUGUGUGUCGGCCCCGCCCCCACCAGUAAGAGCUACUUGAACAUGGAUGCCAUCAUGGAUGCCGUCAGGGCGACUGGAGCACAAGCUGUUCAUCCUGGCUAUGGGUUUCUCUCUGAAAACAAAGAGUUUGCAAAGCAACUGGCAGCAGAGGGCGUGGCAUUCAUUGGUCCAGACACUCAUGCUAUCCAGGCCAUGGGAGAUAAAAUUGAGAGCAAGCUGAUCGCUAAGGAUGCUAAGGUCAACACCAUCCCAGGAUACGAUGGAGUUGUCAAGACUGUUGAAGAAGCUGUGAAGAUCGCAAAGGACAUUGGCUAUCCAGUGAUGAUCAAAGCAUCUGCAGGAGGAGGAGGGAAAGGAAUGAGGACUGCUUGGAAUGAUGAGGAGACAAGGGAAGGCUUCCGGUUCUCGUCCCAGGAGGCAGCAUCCAGCUUUGGAGACGACAGGCUGCUCAUUGAGAAGUUCAUAGACAACCCCAGACACAUUGAGAUACAGGUACUGGCUGAUAAACAUGGUAAUGCUCUGUGGUUGAAUGAGAGGGAAUGCUCCAUCCAGAGGAGGAACCAGAAGGUGGUGGAAGAAGCUCCCAGUACUUUCCUGGACCCAGUUACACGGCGGGCAAUGGGCGAGCAGGCAGUGCAGCUGGCCAUGGCGGUUAAUUACUCCUCUGCUGGCACCGUGGAGUUCCUGGUGGAUUCUAAUAAGAACUUUUACUUCCUGGAGAUGAACACACGACUACAGGUCGAGCAUCCAAUUACAGAGUGUAUUACUGGCCUGGACCUGGUUGAGCAGAUGAUCAGGAUUGCCAAGGGUUACCAACUGCAGCAUAAACAGGAAGAUAUACCAAUCAACGGCUGGGCCAUUGAGAGUCGAGUCUACGCUGAGGAUCCUUACAAGUCUUUUGGUCUCCCCUCCAUUGGACGGCUGUCUCAAUACCAAGAGCCACUCAACCUCAGCAAUGUCCGUGUAGACAGUGGAAUCCAGGAGGGAAGUGACAUCAGCAUCUACUAUGAUCCCAUGAUCUCGAAGUUGGUUACCUAUGGAGCUACGCGAGCUGAAGCCCUUGCCAGGAUGGAGGACGCUCUGGAUAACUAUGUUAUCAGAGGUGUGACUCACAACAUUCCCCUCCUGCGGGAAAUCAUCACCAACCCCCGAUUUAUCUCUGGCGACAUCAGCACCAACUUCCUGCCGGAGGUUUACCCCGAUGGCUUUAAGGGUCACCAGCUGGAGGCAGACAAACGCAGAGAGCUGUUGGCUACGGCAGCAGCGCUCUACAUCACUGCUCAGCUCCGUUCACAGAACGUCCUGGGUAACCAGAGGGUGUCUUCCACUCCUGUGGAAUGUAACCAUUGGGAGCUGUGUGUGGAGCUGGAUGAAGGACGCCAUUCUGUUGAGGUUACCAAAUCAGGAAGCAUUUAUACUGUGGAGGUGGAUGGAGGAAAGGUGGAAGUCAAUGGACAGUGGAACCUGGCCUCCCCACUGCUACCGCUCACGAUCAAUGGCACACACAGGAUGCUACAGUGUCUGUCCAGAGAUGCUUCCGGAAAGAUUGUCAUACAGUACCUGGGCACAUCGUUUAAGGUUCGCGUUCUGUCUAAGUUGGCUGCAAAGUUUAACUCCUACAUGCCAGAAAAAGUUCCAGAAGACACCAGCAGCAUCCUGCGUUCACCGAUGCCAGGCACAGUGGUGUCUGUGUCCGUCAAGCCUGGAGAUACGGUUGCAGAGGGUCAGGAGAUCUGUGUGAUUGAAGCCAUGAAGAUGCAGAACAGUUUGACUGCUGCCAGGCAGGCAAAGGUUAAGAGUGUCCGGUGUAGCACAGGGGAGACAGUGGGAGAGGGAGACCUGCUGGUAGAACUUGAAUAGAGCACAACCUUUGACCUUAGAUGUGUGACAACAGCACCUGGAUCAGCCUUACUCCCCUCUGUGUCCACUGAGUAGAUCCACCUUGGCAAACAGACUGGACAACAACCGACGCUUGAUUAAUGUUGCUAGUGGUCGGUAUGAGCAGAGUUUAGUUUCCCUGUUGGUGACUCAGCUGAGCUGUAUCAAUGUCAUUUCCCUUCUGUUUUGUGUUUUUUCUCAACCUGACAGUUCAGUUUGGUUCCCCCAUAAUAUUAUUUUUGCUGUCCAUUUUACCCGUAUGCCGUUUUUCCUUGCAGCUAGUUUUGGUUUAUGUGCCAAGGUUUUGAGAUAACUACAUGGGAAAUGUCUGCUGCCACUCCAAUACAGUGGAUAUGGACCUUUUUGUUUAUAGGCUGCUGAGUUUUUAAAUGUUAAAUUCCGUGAUAUGAGCAGCAAACAGAAAGUUUGAUUUACAUCCAUUUUAUUGGAUUGGAGGCAUGAAUCUCUUGAUAUCUUAAAACCUCAUUGCAGACAACCAGAACUAUGUGCAUAGUUCAAUACCACUCAAAGUAAAUGGGAGAAAUCUGCUGUAAUUUAGUUGAACUGACAUUUUGAAAAAUCACUGCAACCAAUAAAGUGCUCCUUGUUUUCAACAUACAGUCAAGACUGAAAUGCUGUCUGGCUACAUCAGAAACAACAGUUAAAAUAAGAAAAGCAAUUCCACAAAAUGACUGAUGGAGAGUAUAUCAUGCUGAUGUGAAUAAAUGACUGUUCGGGCUGUGGAAUGUCAGGACUUGGAAACUCAAUUGAACACCAGUACUCACUCACAGAUGGGUGAAAAACCUGAAUAAUUUAAGUCAAGUAACUCAGAUGGUCUGGUAUCUUUCUGUGCGGGGUUUUCAUCCGUGGUUUAGAUACACUUCAAAGUUAAUCACCUAAUCACUCUUGAUGGUUUCUAAUUGCCUGUUUGCCUUAGCUGACUGCUUACAUAUUGCUGACUGUUUGGUUACAUUGUAACCUUGGGUCUCUGAUUGAAAAGUCUAUCUCUCUCUUCGUUACAUUUUUCACUUGUGGAGGGGAUAAAACCCCAGUGGUCAGGUUACAUGGAAUCUCUUUUUAGACACACCAACUUACCUGGCCGGCCCUGCAGUUUACCUAUAAAACACCUGCUAGCAUGGAAGGACUGAUGGUUUGAUCCUCAUGCACCUCUGAGUGGCCUAAACGAUGGAAACAGAGUCCCUUCAGUCAGAGCUCCAAUGUGAACUAAGGUUGCAAUGUAACAUAGAUGAGGAUAUUGUAGCCCUAGUUCUGUAAGCACAGAUGAAGCCCUCCACUGGACUCUUUGUGUAAUACAGUGGGGCAAAAAAGUAUUUAGUCAGCCACCAAUUGUGCAAGUUCUCCCACUUAAAAAGAUGGG